GAGCUAGGGAAGCAUUUAUAGAGAGAGAGAAGCAGCAAACAACGAAGCAUAUUCUUCGUUCAAACUAUUUUCUUAAUUCCAAAUUCCAAAUCAGCCAGCGCGAGCUUCUUCUUCUUCUUCGUCGUUCGCAGUUCUCGUCUUCUUCACGCAGCAGCAGCUACUCACUCUUCUUCACUCAAAACUACGAAAGAUGCCGUCCAGUCACCUCCUUCUAGAAGAACCUAUUCGGAUGGCUUCCAUCCUCGAGCCAUCCAAGCCUAGCUUCUUCCCUGCAAUGACGAAGAUCGUCGGAACCUUGGGACCUAAAUCCCGAUCCGUUGAUUCCAUCUCUGGUUGCCUCAAAGCUGGCAUGUCUGUGGCUAGAUUUGAUUUUUCAUGGGGUGACCCUGCGUACCACCAAGAGACUCUAGAGAAUCUCAAGGCUGCUAUCAAGACCACUAAGAAACUCUGUGCUGUUAUGCUGGACACAGUGGGUGCGGAGAUGCAGGUCGUUAACAAGAGCGAAACAACUGUCUCGCUUCAGGCGGAUGGGCAGGUUGUUCUAACUCCUGACCGGGGACAAGAUGCCACUUCAGAGUUAUUGCCCAUCAAUUUCGAUGGACUGGCCAAGUCUGUGAAGAAGGGUGAUACUAUUUUCAUUGGUCAAUACUUGUUCACAGGAAGUGAAACUACUUCUGUAUGGCUAGAGGUAUCUGAAGUCCGUGGGCAAGAUGUUGUUUGUACCAUAAAGAAUACAGCAACACUGGCUGGCUCAUUGUUCACUUUACAUGGUUCUCAAAUUCAUAUUGAUUUGCCUACCCUCACUGAGAAAGACAAGGAGGUUAUUAGCACCUGGGGAGUCAAAAACAAAAUUGAUUUUCUGUCACUUUCAUAUACUCGUCAUGCUGAAGAUGUUCGCCAGGCCCGUGAAUUCCUUUCCAAAUUGGGUGAUCUCAGCCAGACCCAAAUUUUUGCUAAGAUUGAAAAUGUUGAGGGCCUGACCCAUUUUGAUGAGAUUCUACGAGAAGCUGAUGGUAUUAUCCUAUCUCGUGGUAAUUUGGGCAUUGAUCUUCCACCAGAGAAGGUGUUCUUGUUUCAAAAAUCUGCCCUAUACAAGUGUAAUAUGGCUGGAAAACCUGCUGUACUUACACGUGUUGUGGAUAGUAUGACUGACAACUUAAGACCCACUCGUGCUGAAGCCACUGAUGUUGCCAAUGCUGUUUUGGAUGGCAGUGAUGCAAUACUUCUGGGUGCUGAGACCUUGCGUGGGUUGUACCCUAUUGAGACUAUUUCCACUGUUGGCAGAAUUUGUUCAGAGGCUGAGAAGGUUUUCAAUCAAGACCUUUAUUUUAAGAAGACAGUCAAGUAUGUUGGGGAACCCAUGACCCACUUGGAAUCUAUUGCCUCCUCUGCGGUGCGAGCAGCGAUUAAGGUUAAGGCCUCUGUAAUAAUUUGCUUCACUUCAUCUGGAAGGGCCGCAAGAUUGAUUGCAAAGUAUAGGCCAACAAUGCCAGUUCUCUCUGUUGUGAUCCCCCGACUCAAGACAAAUCAGCUAAAGUGGAGCUUUAGUGGUGCCUUUGAGGCAAGGCAAUCACUCAUUGUAAGAGGUCUCUUUCCCAUGCUUGCUGAUCCUCGACAUCCUGCCGAGUCAACAAGUGCAACAAACGAGUCGAUUCUUAAGGUUGCCCUUGACCAUGGAAAAGCAAUGGGAAUUAUAAAGUCACAUGAUAGAGUUGUUGUUUGCCAGAAACUUGGUGAUGCUUCUGUUGUUAAGAUUAUUGAGCUUGAAGACUAAAAGUGUUUAAUCCAGCUACAGUUUUAGCAUUAGUUUUAGGCUUGAUUUUGAUGAUUAAAAGUUUUUGAAAGGUGCAGAAGAUUCUGCCACAAGUUGAGGUUAUCUCUGCUUGAUUUUGAUGGCUGAUUUAUAUAACUCCAUUGCAUCUCAAUGAAAAAUGCUAUAUAUUGUAAAACAUAAAAAUCAAUGGGGAUGUGCCCUUGAUGCCAAUUUUUUUGGAUUAAUAUCUAUAGAGGACAAAGUUGGCAAAUGAUUUUA